CGCCCUUUAUUAUCUGUCAAAUGUGUUUAUUAUAGGAUUGAGGUUAGAUUGUUAAUCUAAACAACCACAAAACUAAAUUGUUUUAUUAACUUUUGAUACUGCUCGUUCACUUCAUCAUGGCUGCAUCACUUCAGAGUGAUUAGAAUUUUUACUUUCUGUUAAUUAUAAUUUAUAGACUUUCCCGCUGUUGGAGUUUCUCAGAGGAAGGCCUACUCGGGUGUAUUGGCGAGUACAUACAAACAAUAACAACGUAGCGGUUGGCGGGAUGGACGUGAUGCAUGCGUGUCGCUGCUGCCUGCGGUGUCCUCCGGACAAGGACCUGACGACGCCGUACACAUAUCUCGGCAAAACGGAGAUAUAUACCGACAUGAUCAAAGAGUGCUUUGACGUAAAUCUGGUAUUGAGCGGCUCGGGCUCGUGCGGCAUCUGCUGGGGGUGCGUGGGCCGCCUGCGAGACGCGAGGGACUUCAAGCUGCAAGUGCAGCGCAGCCAGGCGGAGCUGCAGGCACGGCUGCAGGGAAAGAGCGUCAAAGAGGAUGAAUCUUCAGUCGAGCCAGAAUAUCCAGAUAUGCAGGAUGAAGACGGGACCAGUGAGCCUGUAGCAGGUGAUGAGCCCCCAGUCAAACCGGAGCCGCUGGAUGGAUGGAUCGAUGGGACACCUGAUGAGAUAUUGUAUGACAUGCUCCGGUUAAACAAGGCGGCCGGAGACGGGGCGAGCGCCGAGGAUGAACCGCUCAUGGCGUGUUCGGAUGGCAUCGCCGCCCGCGCCAGGGAACAGCUCGCCAUGCCUUGUUCCGUGGUGCUCGAGCGCCUCCGCGGCGACGCGACUGUUCAAAGUGGAGACAAACCAUACGGAUGCGAACAAUGUGGCAAGCGUUUCAAUAACAAGUACAUAUUAAGUAAACACAUACAACAUACUCACUUAUCUAGUGGACCCAAAGAAUUCCCCUGUGAAUUGUGUAGUUCUACAUUCAAAACUGAAUCGCUUAUGUUAGAGCAUGAGAAAAUCGAACAUGGUGUUACAGAUUUCACCUGUGCUAAAUGUGAGUACACAACGAUUAACAAGAGAAGGUUGCAGGCUCAUUUAAAAACUCACAUCGUAGACGAGCUUUUUAAUUGUACUGACUGCAGUUACAAAAGUCAAUUUAAAAGUGAUUUACUCAAACACCAAGCUAUACACGCUGGUGACCAGAAGACACACGAGAGGACUUACGUAGAGAAGCCUUUUCAUAAAUGUAGUUAUUGUGAUUAUAAAACUCGUCACAAAGGUCACCUACAUGGGCACAUGAGAAUACACACUGGCGCGAUGUAUACAUGUAACCACUGUGAUAGGAAAUUCUAUCGAAAAUCAAACUUACAAUCUCAUCAGAUGAUGCACACUGGAGAGAAACCAUUUAAAUGUAGCGAGUGCGACUACAGGUGCAGGCAGACGGGAAGCUUGCUACAACACCAGAGGAUACACACAGGUGAGAAGCCGUACACAUGUAGUUAUUGCGAAUACAAGUGCAGAACAAGGACAACAUUACGAAAUCACGAAACGACACAUACUGGCGAGAAGCCUUUUCAGUGUAGCCACUGUGAUUACAAAUGCAGUCGGAAAGCAUUUUUGACAAGACACCAGAAGAGAAGACACUCUAACAGGCUCUCCAAAUCAUUGCCGCAAAUUAUUUCGCCAAAUAUCAUUUCCCAACCACUUUUUCGCCGAAUGAUCAACUAGCAACUCAACAUUCGUUUUGUGUUCCAACCUAGGGUAGCAACUGGGUCUUUGAACAACAACUUAUAAAUACACUUUUGAAAACGCAAUGUUUUAGGUAGCUGAAUGACUUAGUAAGUCUAAUACGAAACAUAAAAAGUUUAUUUUUGUAAUCUAACAACAUUCGAUGCAAAAAAAAGUCGUUUCUGGCGCUGGCCGGCCGCUACCGCGGCACGAUCUGACGACGAUUAGGUCGCAGUUCACCUAACUCCUCCUCGCUUCGCUCGUCGUCGCAUCUAUCUUGUCUCUGUCAAAUGGCUAGACGUUAUCUUAUUAAAUCUUUUUAGCCAAAUGAAUGAUUUGACGAAAGAAAUGCUGUAUGCAUAGAAAUUGGAUGAACAAGAACGACUGUUAAACUUCAAAAGUGUGACCAAAAAUGAAAAACGCAAGUGUGUGCGUAAAUUGUCUAUGUGAGAUCAAAAAUAGUGAUGUCAUGUUACAACGAUGUUAUAAUCUAUCGGUGUUUGACUGCUUUAUCGCCUACUUUUUCAAAUGUGUCUUGAAAAAAAUUGGAUGAGGAUUAUUACUAUUAUAAGACCCUAUUAGCGCCGAUAGUACCUUUAAUUUUCUUUCUUUUUAUUUGGCGCCUUUUUCUUCUGACAAGAUGCGUUGGGUGUGUAUACGCUGUGUACAAGUAUACACUGUCAUGUGUUUCCUUAUUUUAGCGGCAAAGCCGUGGAGAAGUGGCUAAAAUGUAAGUACUGUGUUGGAAAAGGAAGUUUAAAUUUACCGCUAAAUUUGAGCAUUAAUUUUUUUUUAUAGCAAUCGUUAUUAUUUUAAGAGGAAACGGGACGGCCGCUGCUCCAUACAAACGUAGUCCUGCCCAUCGUCCUCUCUGGAGGUACCUACACCUUACACAGUAGAUUAAGGAAGAAUGUUGAGUGCUACCGUUCGCUAUCAUACAGUCAUGCAGUUUGGCGAAAAAUAUGUAAAAUGAAUAUUGCAGCGUAUUUUUUAUUGAGUAAAAAAUGCAGUGCUAUUUCUAUGUGUUAGGAUUAAUAUUGUAUCUAGUUGUUGUAGUGUAUAGCCUGUUUGCGCAGGGUCUAUUUGUUUAUAUGUCUAUAACUUCUAAGUAAAUACCUACAUACGUAUGUAUAUAGUAUAGUAUGUAUACGUAUAGUGCAUAUUGCAGACCAAUAAACGUUAGUUAGCAACCGA